GUUACUUACUUCGGUUAAGGGGUUUCUUCAUCCUUGGCCUAUUCUCCUCGACCUUGAAGAAUUAGGGGUUUCUUCUUCUCGAUCCAAUCCCAAAAUCCUUCGUAAUCGAAGGGGUUAAGAAAAUAAGCUAUGAGGAGAUCAUCGGCGAAGAGGGAUACAAGUUUCUUAGAGCAAUUGAUUCUCUACGUCGCAGGCGCUGCAUUUACCAGCUUAUCUCUAUACGUCUGUGCCCGUCACUUUGACCCGAAUCGUGACGCUGCUACAAAGGCCCUCAAGCAUAAGAGAGAACUCUCCAAACGUCUGGGUCGUCCUCUUAUCCAGACCAAUCAAUACGAGGAUGUGAUAGCUUGUGAUGUAAUAAACCCACAAAACAUAGAUGUGGAGUUCGAUUCUAUUGGAGGGUUGGAGUCAAUCAAGCAGGCUUUGUACGAGCUUGUGAUUCUGCCGUUGAAAAGACCCGAGCUUUUUGCUUAUGGGAAGUUGCUUGGUCCUCAAAAGGGUGUUUUGCUGUAUGGUCCUCCUGGCACUGGGAAGACCAUGCUCGCCAAGGCUAUUGCCAAAGAGUCUGGAGCUGUUUUCAUCAAUGUGAAGGUCUCUAAUCUGAUGAGCAAAUGGUUCGGCGAUGCACAGAAGCUCGUGGCUGCUGUGUUUAGCCUGGCGGAGAAACUCCAACCUGCGAUUAUUUUUAUAGACGAGGUGGAUAGUUUUCUUGGCCAGCGCCGUGCCACGGACAAUGAAGCUAUGGCGAAUAUGAAGACUGAGUUUAUGGCUCUAUGGGAUGGGUUUACUACUGACCAGAACGCUCGGGUGAUGGUUCUUGCUGCAACGAACAGACCUUCUGAGCUCGAUGAAGCUAUUCUGAGACGGUUUCCUCAGGCGUUUGAGAUCGGUAUGCCUGACCGCAAGGAGAGAGCUCAGAUACUGGAAGUUGUUUUGAAAGGAGAGAGGGUCGAACCGGGUAUUGACUAUGAUCGUAUAGCUGGGUUAUGUGAAGACUAUACCGGUUCAGAUAUCUUUGAACUCUGCAAGAAGGCAGCUUACUUCCCAAUCAGAGAGAUCCUAGACGAGGAGAAAAGGGGCAGACAAGUUUCGGUGCCUAGGCCGUUGACACAGUUCGACUUGGAGAAGGUUCUUGCUACUUCAAAGAAGACACAGGUUGCUGCAAGCGAGUACUCUGGCUCAAGCUCUCACGCUUCGGUUUGGAGAAGUCCAAGGGAUAGUGAGGAGGUACAAGCAGCUAUAAAUGGCAUCUCAAAGCUCUUUACUCCUAGGAUUGUAAACCAUCAGUCGGAUUCUCAGGAUCCAAGUCGGCAUGAUCCAGAAGGAGAUUCAGAAUAGAUUAUUUUUCUCUGGAGUUUGUUGUGUAUAACCAACCACAAAAGUAUUACUAGAAAAUUUACACUCUUUCAGAUGUCUGAAUUAUGGACAUUUUUCUUUUACAUCAUUUGUGAUUCUUCGGGCUAUUUAACUUUUCAUUUAUCAUUCUGAAGCUAAAGCAGUGUAUUUGAUGUGUAUG